GUUCGUGAGCAGGGAACAGGCAGCAGCCGCUUUGGAUAUCUUUAACGGAAUCAAAGAGCAACUUUCAAGUUGCCCGGAACGCACUCGUGCCCUUUGCCGGACUGUAUGGGGUACCCUCUCGCUGUCCCUUAGCACAGCGCUCCAAGCUGCGAGCAUCGAGGACGGUGGAGGAGGAUCCGGGUCCCGAGGAUUACAGGAUCCAGGGGGAGGCGGCGGAGGAGGAGGAGGUGGUGGUGUUGGCGGCUCCGGCUCGGGUCGCUUUGCCACCAUAAUGGGCGCUGUCAAAUCGCGAACCAUCACUAGCGCCGAUGUGGACGCCGACGAGCAGCUGCAGCAUCCCCAUUCCCAUCACCACUCGAUGCGCAAUGGCCACCCGCACAAUGGCUCCAUCUCCAGUGGCACGCUGCAGAAGCAGGAUCUGCGCUACGACAUCGGCUGCAGCUCCCAAUACCAGCACGUUCGGCAGCCCAGCCUGCGGAGCCGCGGCCAGCAACCCAUGCCCACCACAGACGAAUUGGACCGACGAUUCGCCAAAGUUCUGGCUUCGAUGGACUUGCCACCGGAUAAAGCAAAGCUACUCCGUAACUACGAUGACGAGAAGAAAUGGGACAUGAUAUGUGAUCAAGAAAUGGUGCAGGCAAAGGAUCCGCCCUCACAUUACUUGAGUAAACUGCGCACAUAUUUAGAUCCAAAGGCGUCACGAAGUCAUCGGAAACGGAAAAUGGUCGGCGAGUCCACGUCCACCCAGGUGCUCCGGGAUCUGGAGAUCUCGCUGCGCACGAACCACAUCGAGUGGGUGAAGGAGUUCCUGGACGACAGCAACCAGGGUCUGGAUGCCCUGGUCGACUAUCUCAGCUUCCGGCUGCAGAUGAUGCGCCACGAACAGCGCCUCCAGGGUGUCCUGUGCGCCUCCGAGGAGCGAUUGAAUCUCACGAGUGGCGGCGAUGGCGGUGAGAUGGUGUUGGGCAACAGCAGUUCCAUCAGUCCCGGUGGCGGCGGUGGUGUGAUGUCGCAUGGCGGCAGUGCCGGUCAUGGUUUGGCCAAUGGAUCCAUGCUCAUGGAUUCGAGGCAGCAGCACGGUCAGCACUCGAUGUCCUAUGGCUUUCUGCGUCCCACCAUUGCCGAUGCUUUGGAUAGUCCCAGCUUGAAGCGGAGAUCGCGUCACAUCGCCAAACUGAACAUGGGUGCCGCCACGGAUGACAUCCAUGUGUCCAUUAUGUGCCUGCGUGCCAUCAUGAACAACAAGUAUGGCUUCAACAUGGUCAUCCAGCAUCGCGAGGCCAUCAACUGCAUUGCCCUGAGUCUCAUUCACAAGUCGCUGAGGACGAAGGCCCUGGUGCUGGAGCUCCUGGCGGCCAUCUGUCUGGUCAAAGGAGGUCACGAGAUCAUCUUGGGUUCCUUCGACAAUUUCAAGGAUGUGUGCCAGGAGAAGCGGCGCUUCCAGACCCUCAUGGAGUACUUCAUGAACUUCGAGGCCUUCAAUAUCGAUUUCAUGGUGGCGUGCAUGCAGUUUAUGAACAUCGUGGUGCACUCGGUGGAGGACAUGAACUACAGGGUGCACUUGCAGUACGAGUUCACAGCUCUGGGAUUGGACAAGUAUCUGGAGAGGAUUCGGCUGACGGAGUCGGAGGAGCUUAAGGUACAGAUCUCCGCCUAUCUGGACAAUGUCUUCGAUGUGGCCGCCCUGAUGGAGGAUUCCGAGACGAAGACCUCGGCCUUGGAACGGGUCCAGGAGCUCGAGGAUCAGCUGGAGCGGGAAAUCGAUCGCAACUCGGAGUUCCUCUACAAGUAUGCGGAAUUGGAGACGGAGAAUCUGACGUUGAAGACGGAGCGAGAACAGCUGGGAAUGAUUCGGCAGAAGCUGGAGGAGGAGCUCACCGUUAUGCAACGAAUGCUGCAGCACAACGAGCAGGAGCUGAAGAAGCGCGACACGCUGCUGCACACGAAGAACAUGGAGCUGCAGACACUGAGUCGCUCUCUGCCUCGAUCCGCUUCCAGCGGAGAUGGUUCUCUGUCGAACGGUAGCCUAUUGGCUGGUUCCAGUUCGGGAGCUUCGCUUGCAUUGCCACCGCCACCGCCUCCCAUGCCCGCCUCACCCGCUGCAGCGUCGGCUGCUCCACCACCGCCUCCGCCGCCAGCACCACCCGUUCCGCCACCACCGCCCAUGAUGCCCGGAUUCAGUCCACUGGGCAGUCCGAACGGCAGUCUCACAUCGACGGCGCAAUCGCCGCCACAUGCCCCGCCCAUGCUAAGCUCCUUCCAGCCGCCGCCGCCUCCAGUGGCCGGCUCCAUGCCCGCUCCCGAUGGAGCCAUGACCAUCAAGCGCAAGGUGCCCACGAAAUACAAGCUGCCCACCUUGAACUGGGUGGCACUGAAGCCCAAUCAGGUGCGUGGCACAAUCUUCAACGAGCUGGACGACGAGAAGAUCUUCAAGCAAAUUGAUUUCAACGAGUUCGAGGAGUGCUUCAAGAUUGGCAUUGGCGGCGCCUUGCGGAAUGGCAGCAAUGGCACCGAGGUCGAUGGCUCGCUGCAGUCCAGCAAGCGCUUCAAGAGACCCGACAAUGUCUCACUGCUGGAGCACACGAGGUUAAGAAACAUUGCAAUCUCACGUCGCAAGCUGGGAAUGCCCAUUGACGAUGUCAUCGCUGCCAUCCACAGUCUGGACCUGAAGAAACUCUCGCUGGAGAACGUCGAGUUGCUGCAGAAGAUGGUGCCCACGGAUGCCGAGGUCAAAUCGUACAAGGAGUACAUCAUCGAGCGGAAGGACCAGCAGCUGCUCACCGAAGAGGACAAGUUUAUGCUGCAGCUUUCGCGAGUGGAACGCAUCUCGUCCAAGCUGGCCAUCAUGAACUACAUGGGCAACUUUGUCGAUAUCGUACAUCUCAUUAGUCCGCAAGUGCAAUCGAUAGCAGGAGCUUCGACCUCCCUGAAACAAUCGCGGAAAUUCAAGGCGGUUUUGGAAAUAGUGCUUGCUUUUGGCAACUAUCUGAACAGCAAUAAACGAGGACCAGCCUAUGGCUUCAAGCUGCAAUCGCUGGACACGCUGAUCGAUACGAAGUCAACGGACAAGCGGUCGUCGCUCCUGCACUAUAUUGUGGCCACCAUUCGUGCCAAGUUCCCGGAGCUACUGAAUUUCGAUAGUGAGCUGUAUGGAACAGACAAGGCGGCGUCGGUUGCACUGGAGAACGUGGUGGCCGAUGUCCAGGAACUGGAGAAGGGCAUGGAGCUGGUUCGCAAGGAGGCCGAGCUGCGGGUGAAGGGUGCUCAGACGCACAUUUUGCGCGAUUUCCUCAACAACAGCGAGGACAAGCUGAAGAAGAUCAAGAGCGAUUUGCGACACGCGCAGGAUGCCUUCAAGGAGUGCGUGGAGUACUUUGGCGAUUCCUCGCGGAAUGCCGAUGCUGCUGCUUUCUUUGCGCUAAUCGUACGCUUCACAAGAGCGUUUAAGCAACACGAUCAGGAGAACGAGCAGCGACUGCGACUGGAGAAGGCGGCUGCUUUGGCGGCUUCAAAAAAGGAAAGCGACCAGGUGCUGAUGCGCAACAAGGUUAACCAGAAGAAGCAACAGUUGCCCUCAAACGGCGCGUUAUCCUUGCAGGAUGCGGUCAUAAACGAGCUGAAGAGCAAGGCGCACUCGGUGCGCGAGAAGAAGCUGCUGCAACAGGACGAGGUGUACAACGGAGCCCUGGAGGACAUCCUGCUCGGUCUGAAGAGCGAGCCUUAUCGGCGGGCGGACGCUGUGCGGCGAUCUCAGCGCCGGAGGAUCGACAAUAAUCGCCUCUCACGAACCCUGGAGGAGAUGGACUGCUAGACAGGAAAUACCGAGAUAUCGAGAUGCAACGACGACGACGACGGGGCAUUGGCAACGAAUCGAAAAUCAAAAAUCAUACAGAAAAAAAAAAAAAAACGGAAUAGAGAACAUUACAGAUACUGCAAUAUGUGAUUGGGCGAUUAAAUUGUUUUCGAUACACUCGUACACAGACACAAAACUCACAUUCCCUUCCAUAAAAAAUCCUUUGUUUUCGAAUAUUUUACAACUUAACUCUAAGUCGAGACGGAUAUUGUUUACCGUAUCCGAGAAUCCCAAUCCGAUAUGGAAAAUUACGCACCGAAAUCCAUAAGCCCAACAUCCUCCCCUCUGUGAAUCUCGCCUUAAGUUUUGAGAGACAUUUUUUAUCGCCAAAAUUUUGUUUAUAAAAACGCAUUUUAAUUUGGUUGCUUAGAGCUUAGGUUGAACUCGAAAAUUCGAAUGCUGUAUUUAUCAAAUUUUUAAUUGUUAAAUAUUGAUUUAAAUUUGUAACCUGUGUACAUAUAUAUACAUACAUAUAUAUAAAACUAUAUAUGUACUAAUUAAUUUUAUUUUUUAUACUUAAGUUUUAACCAAAUUGGAAAUGCUUGCUGCAUCCAUCAGAGAUGGCAAAUCCGCAUGAAUAUGGAGAACCAAACUCCACACUUUAAUUAAUUUUAUUUUUUAGUAAGUCAUAUAAGCAAUGAAUUGUAUGAGAAGAGAGUAUAAAAUAUUAAACUAAUGUAUAUUUUCCUAUUUAAAUA